CCUCCACCCCAGCGAGCGGGACAGUAGUGUGGUCGCAUCCAGCGCUGGCGGCAGGAAGGGCGUCCAGACCCUCCGCCAUGCUGACCUUCAACCUGACGCAGGCGGUGGGCCUCACUACGGGAGCGGUGAUGUGCCAGGACACGAUGGAGUGCGCCAACAUGGACAUGCCGGGCUACACGUGCAAGAACUCGCGCUGCGUGUGUGACCCGGAGCGGGACACGGGGCUCUUCUCCUGCAGGGCGGACGCGUACGGCGAGAAGUGCAGGAAAGACUACGACUGCAUGGUCAAGGACGAGAACCUCUUCUGCAUGAUGCAGACGAGCGUGUGCCGCUGCAGGCGAGGGCUGCUCUGGGACAUCGUCUCCAAGAAGUGCUAUAUGUUGGAGGACGUGCAUUACGGUGGCAAGUUCGACCCGGUGAGAGACGUCAUCAUUCCUGGAAUAAUAAUAAUGACAAUAGGCGCUAUGGUCUACCUUGGAAUAAAGUUGUUCUGUAACUGCGGGAAGCUGUGGAGACGCAGGAGGCGACGGGCGGACCUGUCGCGGGAGGCGGACGACCCGAUGCACCAGCAGCCGGCCACUUGGGUUGCAUCCUACAGGGUGUUCAGCUCGCUGAACGGCGUGGAGACCAGGUCGUCGCCAGUGCUGUCGCCCAGCUCGUCCUUCCCACUGCACCCCACGCCCUGCAUGGGCCUCUUCCUGCCCAGCAGCUCGCUCGCCGCCUCUGCGGCCUCCCCGCCGCCCUACGAGGAGGCGCUCAAGCACAAGGUCAUCCUCAGCAGCUACCCCAGUGGCGCGGCAGGGACCACGGUGCUGCUGCCCUCUGCUGCCAUCGGCGUGCAGCAGGUCGCUCCGCCGCCGGCGACCACCCCUGCCGGGACCUCGGUCCAGGACGUCUAGGUGGGGGUCCCUCGUCCUGCCGCGCGCCGGCCUUCGCAGCCUCCUUCUGCAGACCCACGAGGUGGUGCUCAAGUCUCAAGCACAGGGUCAUCCUCAGCAGCUACCCCAGUGGCGCAGCAGGCACCACGGUGCUGCUGCCCUCUGCCGCCAUCGGCGUGCAGCAGGUCGCUCCGCCGCCGGCGACCACCCAUGCCGGGGCCUCGGUCCAGGACGUCUAGGUGGGGGUCCCUCGUCCUGCCGCGCGCCGGCCAUGCGCACAUGAGCCUUCGCAGCCUCCUCCUCGCAGCACAGGGUCAUCGUCGGGCAGACGUGGACAAGUGAUAUUACUGGUUACAAAUGCACUAAGAUUAUAUUACGGAGAGAAGAUUCCACAACAAAAAAUUCUAUGAUCAAACAAGGCUCAUUUACAAUUUGGCACAGUUGUAAGACUGUGGUGUACUACAGUGAUAUGAUGCAUUGUAGGUUUAUAAAGGCUGAAAAAAAAAAAUUGUGCUGAGAUUUUAAUUUUUACUAUGCCACUCAGGCAAAAUAUCUUUACAUGUAAAGGAUAUUUUCAGAAAGAAGUAUUUAUUUACCCUGAAAAUCCAUUAUAUGUGUGUAAGAUGGUUUUAAAAUUCCUAGAUACGAAUUAUGUUUUUUUUUAAUAAUUUAUUUUUCAAAGUGAAUGAUGUAGUAAACAGUUUUAAAUAUUGAACAACCAAUUACAGUGCAUUCCAACUAAUCCCAACAAUAAAAAUGUUUUCAUUCUGUUCCACUAUGUUGUCAAUGACAAUAGAUGUGAGACAGGUGAGUUUUAAUGGGGGUUUAUGCAGUUUUUGACAGCAAUAUUACCAGAAUCCUGUUAAAAAAAAUUCUGAUUAGCUGGAAUGUGCCGCCCAUUUGAUGUACACUUAAAUUAAAAACUAUUACUGUAAAUAAAGUAGUUUUGAGUACAAACAACAAAA